AUGAAUACCGUCGUUGAAGCAACACCUCGUGGGAAGUCCAGCGACGCUGCCCCCCGGCCAGCAGAUGAGGCUCUUACCUUCCACCGGCACUAUGAUCCACAUGCUACGAUAUUGUUAGUCGGCUUUUUCGGCGCUGGCAAGAAGACCUUGGGAAUCAUUGCAUCCGUGGUUUUACGACGACGGUUCAUCGAUUUCGAUACCUAUUUUCAGCAGGAAGUCCAAUUGUCGCCCCAGGAAUUCAUUGCUCGCCGUGGCCUCGUUCAGUACCGAGAUGUCGAGCUCAGAUUAUCUCACGAACUUCUCACCAAACACGACAAAGGCUGUGUCAUUGUUGGUCUUGGUGCAUUUGCUAGUCGUCCACAACAAAUGCUUCUAUUUGAAUUCGCUCAACGGCACCCAAUUGUCUAUGUGAGACGGAAUAAGCGCGACCUUCAACAAUUUGUCACCACCAGCUCUGAAAAGUUCAAUCGAAUCUUUGAACUGGGUAACGAUUUCUUCGAAUCAUGCUCCAACUUUGAUUUUUUCAAUCACACCCAAACGCAGCCAGAUCCAACAUCGCCCGCCUAUCUCAAACUCAAGGAGACAGAGCGGUUGUUUGUCGCGUUUCUGCGUCGCAUAUUCGGUGUCUUGCUCCCUCAGACAUUUUCGUCAGACCCCUUCUCGGAUUCCGAUACCUUUUCCUUGCAAGUUCCUCUGCAAUGGCUGGAUGGAGCACCUCAGGAUCUGGAGUUGUUAGAAUGUGGUGCUGAUGCCAUCGCUCUGGUAAUAACUCCCCGUGAUAUACAGUCUGCCGGAGUGGCUAGAAGAUUAUCAGAGCAUAUUGCCACUCUUCGGAGAAACUCUCGAGCUGCAAUUAUUAUUGAUGUGGUUGCGAUCUCCUGCAAGUCAGAGAAGUCCAAGGCCCAUGAGAAAAUACUAGGGAUGAUUCUUCGCCUUGCUCCUGAUGCUGUGAUUCUCUCAAGCGAUCUGGAUGAUGAUAUUUUCCGAAGCCUUAACCAUUCAACGGGUUUUACAAAACUCAUCAUAGGUUUUCACCAAAAAGAACCGGUGGGCUCACGGGAAGGGGUUUUCACACCCUCCAAUAUUCAACGGCAGACGAAUUUUCCACAAUUAGGUGGGAUCCGCGUCACUGGCGAAUGUAUCUCUCCAGACGACAACCUUCAAUGUGUUCCAUUUUUGAAGAGCAUGACCGCCAUCACUAACCUCCCGGUGUUUGCCUAUAACACAGGAGCCCUUGGUCGAGCCUCAAUCUGCCUGAAUCCUACUCUGUCGCCGGUGGUGCUGCCACGUUUGCAAUCAGAAGGCAUUACAGUACAGCAAGCACAGCACGCAAUGACAUCCUUCUUCCUUCUCCCAAGGAAAAAAUUUACCAUUUUUGGUCAAACUGUCAAGUACAGUCUGUCGCCCGAAAUGCACAACGCUGCGUAUGAUUAUUGCGGGCUGCCACAUAUCUACGAUACCACGCAGGCCGAGGAUAUCUCUGCAGUAGACGGAAUUCUUGCCGAAGAGGGUCGUGGAGGAGUCACAAUUUCUCUCCCGUUCAAGUCUGCAAUCUUGCCUUUCAUAGACGAGAUCACGUCAGACGCAGAGGACAUGCGGGCUGUUAAUACUGUAGUCCUUGAGCACAAAUUGAAGUCUGAUGGGUCACGGGCGACGAUUCGGAAAGGCUAUAACACGGAUCACAUCGGGAUAAGGGAUUGCAUCGACAAGCAUCUCUCGCCGGCAAACGCCGUCCGAGAUGGGACUACAGCACUUAUUGUUGGGGCAGGCGGAAUGGCCCGCGCGGCAAUUUAUGCGUGCUACGAGCUUGGUGUUCAGAGGAUAUGCAUCUUCAACCGCACACCCGAGCAUGCACAAAAGCUUGCAAACUACUGGAAUCAGUGGGCGGGUUCCAAGCCAAACGUCAACCUACAGGUCGAUAUUCUUCGCUCAACUGACGCCUGGCCAUCGGACCUGCGCUUACCGACGAUCGUUGUCCCCUGCAUCCCGCCUUUCCAGAUAGGAAGCGAGCAUCCCGUGAAGUUCCAGAUUCCGAACGACUGGCUCGAAAGCCGGACGGGGGGUGUAUUUGUCGAGGUUGCGUAUGGUCCUUUCAAGACACAAUUGAUGGAACAGAUGAUUCCACGAGCGUCAAAAGGCUGGGUUAUUGUGAGUGGCCUCUUGGUCCUGGUCGAGCAGGGUAUCGCUCAGUAUGAGAUCUUCACGAAGAGGCCUGCGCCCGUUCAUGUUAUGCGACGUGUAAUCCAAGAACAGUCCGCGAAGUAUGGAUUCGUCCAUCAAUGA